AUGACGGAGAUUAGAUUGUGGGACUUAUACUGUACCGAGCACGAGCGUUCGUGUACUUUCAGUUUAGAUUUUAGUCAGCAUUCAGAUCUAAGGGAGUUAGUAUUGUGGGAGAUACCUGAAGUGUCACAAUUGAAAGUUAGUAGUCAAGUGGAAUACGUGAAUUUGUCGUAUAUCAAUCUAGGUGAAAUGUCGCUGCCUCCUGAAAUGGCGAAUAUUGAAAGUGUUUAUUUGAGUAGUGUAAACAUGUCUGCUUCAACAUUGCGUGAUCUCGUUAAGGUAGUGGAGAAACUUUCACACAAAGUCACAGUAACAAUAUUCGUGUGUGAGAUAGAACCGGAAACAGAGUUUGAACACGUUAUACAAUAUAUACGCUCAUCUCAGAAUUUCCGAGUUACGGAGGAUGGUAGCUGGUGGGGGAAGUUUGUGUUUGAAACAAAAGUUGAAUGUUCUUCCACAUGGAGUGAUACACAAAACGAGCUAGUACCCAUGGAGGAGGAUCCCGUUUGUGCUUUGCAUGCCUAUUCUGAAGAAACCAGUUCUAAUCAAACAGCUAGUUUGAUCCCUGAGGAAAUUUUGCGGAUGGACCAGAAUUCAAUUGAACUAUACAAGCGAGCUUUGAGUGAUGGCCAAGAAGUUGUUCGCAGCAUCCGUAUAAUGGUUGUGGGACACACUAAUGUUGGUAAAACAACUCUAACAAAACGUUUGUUCUAUGAGGAUGUAGAUAUAAACCAGAGAGAGAUCACAAACGGAAUAGACGUACAUGUGAGAAAAUGCAAUGUUUCACUGGAUACUGGUCAUUGGACUAUAUUAGGCAAAGAUCAGAAAAUGAAAACCAUUUAUCACCGUUUAAUGAAGUUGUUGCAAAAACCAGCGUCUAACGACAUAAUAUCUGGAAAGAAAGAUAAUGUUAUAGAAACAGUCACUGGAGAGGGGAAAGAUAUUGGAUUUAUAAAACCAGAAGACAUGAGUGAAGACGACAGUUCAAUGAGUGAAGACGACAAUGAUGCUGAAGGAGAAAUUUCUGAAGAAGACCCUGAACCAAUUGCUACAAACGAACAUUCUUCUCGAAAGGAUGUGGCAUCUGUUAAGGAUGCUGAAGGAGAAGUUUAUGAAGAAGUUUCUGAAGAAAUUGCUACAGAAGAACAUCCUUCUCGAAAGGAAGAGUAUAUACGCAAUCAUUUAAAAGAAUUAAUAGAAAAAAUUCAGGAACAUUCGGCAGAUGAUAAAGAUACAAGGACAGCAGAAGUUUCGUUAUGGGACUUUGCAGGGCAGUCAGAGUUCUAUGCAACACAUCAGGUUUUCUUAUCCAAGAACGCCGUGUACUUAUUAGUCACUGACAUAUCCAAGGACGCGGAGGAUAUUGUUCUAGAUAAUACUUGUUUCAUUGACAGCAAAGGUGCUAAACGUAAAGUAUCAGAGUUUGUUCACUUUUGGUUGAAUUCCAUACACGAGUUUUGCAGCUCAACAGAAUGCAAAGGUCCACCAGUUAUACUUGUAGGCACUCAUGCAGACAAAUUAAAGCAGGAAACAAAGGAUGCUGCAGUAGAUAAGUUCUUCUACACGAUAAGGAGAUCUCUUUACGAUAAAGCCACAUACUGUCAUCUCAUUUACGAAGAUUUUGCCGUGGAUAACUCAAUAAAUGAUGAUCAACAAAUUGAACUGCUUAGACAAAAGAUUGUAAACACAGCUAAAAAUCUACCAUACUGGGAAAAACUGAUACCUGCGAAUUGGAUAACGCUAGAACACAUCAUUGUCAAUUUAAAAGAUGAGGGUUUGAAGGUUCUCUACAAAGACAGGCUUUAUGAUAUGAACAGGACAUUGCCUGUUCCCAUAGAAACAGAAAAUGGGGUAGAAUUGUUCCUAAAGUUCCAUCAUGAAUCUGGAAAUAUCCUGUAUUACAGAGACGAGAAUCUAAUUAACAGUAUUGUCAUUGACCCUCAGUGGUUGAUAGAUGCGUUUAAAAGUCUCAUUACCAGCAGAAAUUUCUGUUCCAAAACGCAAGAAACAUUCAAAAAAUGGAUUGAGUUUGAUGAGUCAGCUAUUUUGACACCGAAACUUGUUGAAGUAAUUUGGAAGAAGGAAGAGAACUCUAUGUUUUACAAAAAUAAACAGCUUUUGCUGGACUAUCUUGAGAAACUUGGAUUGAUUGCUAGACCAGUACAAGAAUCUGACGACGCUGAGAUAGCAGAUUUCUACUUUGCCCCAUGUGUUCUUAAAACGCCUCCUCCAGAAGAUCUGCUGGCAUACAGUGAUUGUAGGAACCGAAGGUCAACCAGUAAACUAUGUUUCACAAUGGCAUCUGGAUUCCUUCCAUCAAUUGUGUUUAACAAACUUCUGGCAGUUUGUAUCAGUAAAUGGUCUUUACCCAAAAGGAAUUAUAAACACUUGGUUUUCCGCGGAUGUGGAAUAUUUGAUCUCAAAGACAACCAUACGCUUUAUGUAUAUUUCUUUGACCAGGUUAUACAGAUUUGGAUAACAAAACUAAGUGCUCAAGACGAAGAGCCGAAUAAUGCUGUAUGCUCCAAAGUGUAUGAUUUUAUAUCAGAUUUCCUCCAACACAGAUUACGGUUGUCAAGUGGCGUUAAGGUGUCUCUGAAGUGUCAGUUUUCUGACCUCAAUUCCAACGACAAUUUGUUUCCGGUUGAUGAAAUAGCUCUAAAAUCGGAAGUAGUGUGCAACUGCAGGACUGAACAGCACGUGCUACGAACAGAUGAAAUUACACAAUACUGGUUCCCAUGCAUCAGGAAAGAAGGCCGUGUAUUUGGUACAUUUAUUGACGAAACAGGAAUUGAAAUGACUGUAUUUGAAAGCCAUGUCAUUGCAAAAGCGUCAUAUGGUAUCUGCUUAAUACAUUAUCCUUGUGAAAACGGUUUUGGCGGAGGCACGGGAUUUCGUGUCGGCAAGAGAUAUAUAAUGACAGCUGCACACGUUGCAAAUGCAGCUAAACAUGGUGGCCUUACCAACAGCAUGGCAAUAUUCAACUAUUUACAAGACAGCCCAGCUUGGCCGAAAUAUGUGUAUAGCUUGACAUCUGUUGUUUUCUCCGAUGAAGAGACGGAUGUAGCCGUAAUCAAACUUGCAGAAAACAGUCAAAUGCCUCCAGCAUUUGAACAUUUUAUUGCCCCAGUUGAAAAUUUCAACCUAAUUGGACAUUCGAAGAAAGAUGUUAUGAAAAUAAAUCCAGUCACUAAAGUAUUUAUUGAAGGGAAAUGUCCACGUCUCAGUGAUGAGAUUUCAAGAACUAGGAGUCUUAGUCGUGAACACACAGCUGCGCCGUGUGACUUUGAACAAUUUAAUAGUCUUACUAACAAGGACAGGUUCUUAUUUCACUGUAAAUUUACAAAAGGUGCAAGUGGCUCUCCAGGCAUUGUUCUGAAGGGAAAUAACAUCCACGUUACAACCGUUUUAGUAUAUGGCUAUCCGGAUUGGUAUUACGAUCCAACACAAGCCAGACUUAGAGAAAUAUGGCCCAUUAAAUAUUGUAUUGAGCAAGGCGCUAAUAUGCAGUCUGUGUGCAGAAACAUGUUCAAAGCAGACACUCAGCUCUGUAGAGAAAUAUUUGGUGAAUUCAUUAAUUGUUGUUGAUAUUUCAAACUAAGGACAUCGCAUAGGUUAAAGUAGGAGUUUAUUGUUGAAGAUGUGUAUAUAUAGCAAAAUGUAUGAUAUAGUUUUUCCUUAAUUGUUCGCUAGUUUUAUAUUCGUACUGUUUUUCAAACGGAGCUUUCGAAUGGCUAUAGAACCAUUUCCCUACAUUUAUGUGUUUAGCCUAGAAUCAUCACACAAAAUAGGACUCGUAUACAUCGCAUGAUGUGGCAACGGAAAAGAUUUUGCCCUGGCACAAAACAUACUUUUCAUUGUUUGUUUUUAUUACAUGGUUAUCAUAUAAAUGGUUCAGGCAAGGGAACAAACGGUGCAGAGUAAACAGCUUACCUAUAAAAAAUCGUGGUGUAGAGUAAAUUGCCGCAUUUGAACAUAGUUAUAUUGUACAAAAUGUACUUUUUGUUUCGUUAUCAAAUAAGUAUCUUUUUUUAUAACAAGUUUAGUUGAUGGUUGCCCUUUAAUACAAGUUUGUCUUAUUGUUUUAUUUAUGCGUGUACAGGAUAUGCACAAAUUAGAUACAGGUCAUGUUGACGGGAAUGAUAAUUCUACUUAAGGUCUUAUGUGAACAAACAAAAAAGGUUACACGAUAUAGACUAAAAUGAUAAUGUGAUCAGACAAGUUCCUAAUAAACUGAACAAAACCACUGAAUAGAAAAACAACCACUGGACAUUGAAAAUUUGAUUUAUUGACCCUGAUUUAUUGAAAUUUCAUAAUAUACUUUUAAGUAGAAACUGACUGAUAAAACGAUUGGGUUUUGCUACACUGAAAACUGAAGACCAUAAGGAAGUUUUUGUACUUGGAGCCUAGGUGAAAAUCACCUUAUUCGUGGCAUAUGCAUUAAAGACAAAAUUCUGCACUGUAUAUUUAAAUGAAUCAUCUAAGCUUUGUGUAUUUCUGGUGUCAUUUUGGUUUAAAAUGAUAGUCAAAUGUCUGGCUAGUUUCAUGAUUGUUUAAACGAUCACAUAUUCAAUUUUCUGUUUUUUUUGAAGACAGUAACGUUACCGGAGCUAGGGUUUCCUUUACGUUACGUAGUAAACACGGAACAGUCCUUAUAUAGUAAAUUUAAAACCAUUUUGACAUGUAUUCUAUUUAAAUUGCUUCUGUUGCUUUUUAAUUUCACCUUAGCUCUAGGACUUCAAUGAAAGCUAUUAGACCACCAAAUUGUGUCCAUCAGCAUGGCUUGCCUACAACUUUAUUGUAUAACUUAUAUAUUGUAUAUUUAUAUAUAUAAUUAUAAAAAAAACUGUAAUUAAAGUUCGAUAAAUGAAGCUGGUCAUAGUAAUUGUCUAAAAAAGAAUCUCUGUAGAGUUUGAUUUUGGCCCAUUUUUAGGGAAAUGGCAUUUAGUCACUUCACAGAGUCAUAAUGAAAACCAUUUUAGAAAGUGUCUUAUUUAUAUUAAACAUGAUACUAUUUUGUCUAUGAAACUAAAUCAUUUUCAGAAUUGGUUCGUAUAUGAUCGAUUAAAGGUCACUUGAUCAAAUUCUAGAAAAGAAACCCUUGUUUAAUUUUAGGCAAAUUGGCUAAAAAAAAGGGAAUUUUUUAUCUGUGAAGUCUAAGUUUAAAACUGAAUUGCAAAGUGCCAAAAAUAUUCUCUGUUUACUGUUCAGAAGCAUUUAAAACUAAGUUUCUACUAAAGAUGGUAGUUUUUUUUUCAUCUGCAUGACACUCAGUCAAAAUACCAGCCUUGAAAAAUCUAUGUCAGUUCUGAAGUAUUGCAUCAUCAUUGUUAUUAAUAUACCAGAUUUAUAUAGCGCCCUUUCCAUGAUAAGCACAUUCAAAGGCGUUUGACAUAUAGCAAACGCAGCCACACAGGGCGCGAAAUUCAUCCUCCGCUAAAACAGACACAGAGCGAUCAAACUAGAGGGACAGAGUGAAAAAAAACGCUCCAGGCUUGUCCGGUUUAUUUAGCCUAGCUCUUUGCGAAUAGACAGUCUAGUUCUUUAACGUGCCCGGUGCACAGCACUGAUACACACGAAGCCGUGUUUCCUGAGUAGGAGACACUCAAGAGCAUCUUCAGAAAUUUCCACUGCCUGGAACGGGGUUUGAACCCCGGACCUCUGGAUUGACAGUGAAACUUGCUACCACUAGAUUACCACUGCCUAAUUAUCACAAAAUGUAUAGUUAGGUAAUUAGAUAUCAAAAUUAUAACAUAAUCAGAUAAUGUCUGUUUCACAGAAGAUAAGGGACAUAAAAAUGAGAUGCGUCUCUUCGUUUAUUUAUUUUUCCGUCUGUCUUUCGCACUUCCUGUCCGGUCUAUAACUCUGCCAUACAAGAAGUCACUUUAAACUUAAUAAGAUGACGUAUCGCGCGCAAGUACAAGUCACCAAGCUUAGAAGGCAAUAUCACACCUGACAGUCAAAUGUUAAGAUUAUCUAUUAAAUGUCAAGUUCAUAACUCUACUGUUCGUCAAGAUAAUUCAAAUCAUUAUUUAUAUUUUAUGGCAAUAUAAAUACAUGUAUAAUGUUCCAUUAACAAAUGUUACUUUAACCAGUUUCGACUUACUUUUAUAGAUAUUCACAUUUAAAGUGGGUGGGAUAAUCUGACAUGUGACUUUGAAUUUCCGUUUGUAUUUUUUUUUUUUUUUUUUUGUAAAGUGGUUCUAUUUUUUUUCUGCAAAUUUCAUCAUAAAAAACACACACAAAAACAUAACUAUGCAACGGACAUUCACACAACAUGUUACAUUUUAAAUUGCAUUGAAUAAUUCUUUCAUCACAGAGCCAAAAAUUUGCCUGAUUAAAUGUACUGAUUUUCAAUGGACGAACUUCACCAAAAACAUAAAACAUUUUUAUUAGUUCAGAUAUUCAAGUGUUAUUUUCAGCAGAUAUGUAAACUGUAAUAAACAUUAAAAUGAGAGUAUAUCAGUACACCCUACUUAAUAUUGAAAGAGUGGUACACUCUCAAACUGGGAAAAAGUGGGUGUGGUAAAUAAACAUUUUGAAGCAACACUAUGAGUUGAUAGUUUACAGCAGAAUCAAGAUCCUGUACAAAGUAAGUACUGUUUUUACAGCUUUUACCUGUUUCUACCGGGAACUUACAGUACCUACUACAUGCAGGAUCUUCUUUCAGCUGUAAACUAUUAAAUCAUACAAGAAGGUACGGUGGCACAGAGGUGACAUGCACUCUUUCUUUUUUCAAUUGCAAUCCUCUAUUUUUUUCAUGUUGUUCCCACGAGAUACUAACUCGACGGAACGACAUAGUGUGCCGUGGUAACGAGUUACUAAGUCGUGGGAACGACAUAAAAAAAUGAGAAGUGCAAUUUAAAAAAAAAUAUUGCAUUGAAAAGGAGUGGCGUAAUAAAAAAGAAUAAUAAUAAUAAUAAUUAUUAUUAUUUUAAGAAGGUGACAUAUUAAGAGCACAUAGUAUACAUACAACUUAUUUCAAAUAUGGCCUUCUACAUAAAUGUUAAAACACAGUAUCUACAACAAUAAGAAUAUCAGUAGCACAGUUUUAACGACAAACACACUUUAAAAACAAACUCGAUUUGAAAUGAUUUUACCAGGAGAAUAAAUCAGUGUAAUUCAUUUUGCAUACAUGUACAUUCAUCCAUCAAUAUCAUAAAGUUUAAAAACUACCCUAUACGACAUAAAAUGCAUGAUAAUUGUUGAAGAUUUGAGAAAAAAAAAGAAUAAAUAAAUAAAUACUGAAUAAAAAUCAGUAACGUUGUUCUUGUAAUAAAUAAUCCUUAAUUUUUCGUUUAAACGUUAACAGAUUAUCUUGAAGUUUGAUGUUUGAUGGAAUGGAAUUCCAUAAAUGUGUGGCUUUGUAUGAGAAUGUUUGUUUCAAGAAGUUUGUUCGGGGCUUUAACAAAGAAAGAUCUUUACGAGUCGAGGAACGAAGAUUAUAUCUAUCGUUAUGAGCAAAAGAUAAUAAUUCAGACAUAUAUUUUGGUACAAGGUUAUGGUCACAUUUAAAAACCAGUACAGCCAUGUGGUAAUUGCAUCUGUUUUCAAAAGUGAGCAGAUUCAGAUUUUUAAACACGCUACCUGCGAUACGAUUUUUUGUUAUUACACGAAUUGCCCUCUUUUGUAUAUUAUAUAUUUUAUCAGUAUCUGAUUUACAGGCAAGCCCCCAUACAGUACUGCAAUAGUCCAUGGUUGAUAUAAUAUAUGCAUUAUAAUAUAACAUCUUCAUUUCAUCGGUCAAAAAGUACGAAAUUCUUUUUAAAAGUGCAACCUUUGAGUUAAGUUUAUUCACAACAUUGCAAACUUGUGCAUGCCACGUUACAUUAUUAUCUAUACAGAUUCCAAGAAUAUUUUGACUUGUUACAUUUUCAAUUAUCGUUCCAUUGAUAAACAGUUCAAGAUUCCUUGCUUGUUUCGUUUUAUAAUUUGUACUUAGAAGCAUACAUUUUGUUUUUUCCGGAUGUAAUGACAUAUUAUUAAUUUUGCACCAUGUGUUAAUGAGGCUAAGAUUACUUUGGAGCUCUUGCUCUAUAACUGAAAUGUCAGUGUCGGAUUUAUGUACAGUGGAAUCGUCAGCAUACAUGUCAAUAUUAAUAGUGUCUGAAAUAAGUGUCAUAUCAUUUAUAUAUAAUAUAAAUAGUAAGGGUCCUAAAAUCGAGCCUUGUGGAACUCCAGACUUUACAAACAGUUUUUUAGAAUAUAAAUUUCUAAUUUUAACUAGCUGAGUUCUUUUCGACAGAUAUGAUUCAAAUAAUUUCAGUGAGUUAUCUGUAAAGUGAUAAAGCUUUAGUUUAUGUAGUAAUAUUUCAUGGUCGACAAGAUCGAAUGCUUUUCGAAGAUCAAGAAAUACGGACCCUACAUAUUUACCACUGUCAACAUCUUUCAACCAAGUAUCAAUUAAAAGUGUUAAAGCGGUGUGGCAUGAAUGUGUAAGACGAAAACCUGAUUGUUUUUUGUGUAAUAUAUUUGUCUUUUUGAAAUACAAUUGCAACUGUGAAGCAAUAUGCCUUUCAAAUAUCUUAGAUAUGGUAGGUAAAAUUGAGAUAGGUCUAUAAUUACUUGGAUUCUGCUUAUUCCCUUUUUUAAAAAUUGGAAUAACGUAAGCAUCUUUUAAUUUAUCGGGAAAAACACCACUGUGUAUGCUUUUAUUUAUUAUUUAUUAUAGAUGUGAUGGCUGGAGUUAUGAAAUCUCCGCAGUCAUGUAGAAUCUUUGGACUUAUUCCGUCUAUCCCAGUAGCUUUUUUAAGAUCAAUUUUAGAUAUGAUAUUUUUUACUUCCAAAGGAGUAAUGAAAUCAAUCUCAAAUUUGUGAAAUGAUAAUUUUUCAUCUAGAUAAUGUUUUAAAUUUGAAAAAUUGUCACUGACUAAUUUUGUUUUUUUCAGUUAUAUUUGAAAUACAUUUGUAUUUAUAAAAUGUUCGUUUAGGGCAUUUAUUAUAUCAAGUUCUCCGUCUACUACUUCAUUGUUUUCUGUUACAAGUGUAUUUGGAAUAAUUAUUCCCUGAUUAGAUUUAUCCGUAUUGGAUAUAUCUUUUAGAGG